AAAAAAAGGAGGGGGAGGGGGGACACUUCCGUGUUUCUCCGGAAGUAGAAAUGGCAUCCUGCAGGAAUAGACGGGACGAAAAAAUGAGAAAUUCUGAUGGAGACGUCUCAGAAACAGACUUGUUGCUGCACCCCGAACUUCUGUCUCGGGAUUUUCUCAAACUCGUCUUACACGAGAAAAAGAUAAAGACAGAAGACAGUGAAGACCCUGACCACCUCACAGAGUUGUAUAUCCAGCAUGUUAUCCCACUACCACAGAGAGAACUCCCCAAUAACAGGUGGGGGAAAAGAGUGGAGAAAACAAAUCCACGCGAGAGCUCGACCACUGCACACAGCUCGAGCAGAGACAGUGGCAGGAAGCGGCCCUUGAUCGUGUUUGAUGGCAGCUCCACCAAAACUGGCAGCAUUAAGCUAAAGAGAGUGGAUGAUUUACCACCUACAGAUCGCUUAAAGUCCCCACCUUCCAGCAUCAAUAUUAGUAACCCUAUACGUAAACUUUCAGGGUCCUCCACAAACUCAUCUUCCUCCCGGGCCUCAGCAGGAAGUGCCAGGAGUCCUACAGGAAACGGCAGCAUGAAUAGCUCCUCGGCUCCAUCUUCGUUACAGUCCGACUGCAUGAGCACAAAGCUAAAGCGAGGAGCAACAAGCUCAGGAGUGCCUGACAGCCCUGAGCUCAAGUCACCUGAGGUAAAAAAGAAGAUUCAGCAUGUCACAUGGCCAUGAUUUCUGUCAGCCUAUCAGAAGUGCUAACAGGAAGAAGUGCCUUUCAGCGAUAUCUGACGGGUGUGUCUCGCUCUGCCAUGUGUCCUGUGGCAGAAGAGGCCAUAAAAGGGAUCACGAGCUCGUGCAUCUGAAUUUGGAUGUCCGCUGUUCCGCCGUCCCACACGCUCCCCGGGGUCCUCCUAGACGUGCCAAAAGAGUAUUAAAAGACUUUCCUCAUGA